UUUUUACUUAUGAAUGGUACUCUUGGAACAGACCUGUAAGCUGUUUGAAGUACGGAUUCCCUUUAGGCACCAAAAGCUACAGCCAUGUUUCUGGUAGGGUUUGGGCACAGCCACAGGCAGGCUGAAGGCAGACUCUGAGCUUGUUUGGGAAGCCAGCCAGGGGCAACCAGCAACAGAUCAUCUGCCUCAAUUUCUCAUUAAACGCCAAUAAAUUCAUACCGUUAGGUGGUAGGAAGCAGCAAGGUCACCUAGAAGGAUUUUAGAUGGGUUGUUUCUUUCCUUUACAACAGCUGCCCUUCACCACGGAGGGAGAACAGAGGUCUAUAGCGUGGCCAGGAGAUCAUUUUGUAGAGGACAGCCAUGCCUGGCUGAGGGAAAUGGAGGCAGUGGUGGACACUGGAACGCCCAGAGCCCACGGCGGGAGACCACUGCCACAAGGAGAUGGGCAGCAAAGGUGUGAGGGCCUCCUACAGCCCUCCCCUGAGGAGGAGACGGGAAAGGCUGAGUCGGGGCAAGAGGUGCGAGUGAGUGUGAGGCAGUGGGGUGUGGCUGUGAGGGAGCAGGGUUGUGAGGGCCGUGAGAUGUGGGCACAGCAGCUCCCAGUUCCGCUCCCGUCCCCUCCCGCUGAGCGCGGCCGGAGGGGGCCGACAUCCGCGCAGCCGGGAGCCCUCCCCGCCUCACGUCUCGCCCCGCUGGCCGCCAGCCGCUUUAUAAAGCAGGCGGAACUUCCACUUUCUGCCUGAGCGCGUGGAAGGGAGGCGCGGCUCUGCCUGGGAAGGCGGCGGGCGGCGGGACGCUGCACCGGCCCCGAGGAGCUGCGGCGGGAAACAGAUAGUGAAAGGCUGCCAUCAGGUCUCCUCAGAGCCUUCUCUUCUCCAGGCUGAACAGCCCCAGCUCUCUCAGCGUGUCCCCAUAGGAGAGGCAUUCCAUCCCUUGGAUCAUUUUUGUGGCCCUUCUCUGAACAUGCUCCAACAGGUCCAUGUCUCUCCUGCACUGAGGACUCCCCAUCUGGAUGUAGUACUCCAGAGCUGAUGCUUUUUGCCCAGGCAGUGGAUUCCUCUCAGCUCUGUUACAAGAGCGGCAGCUUUGGCAUCACUUCAUUUGUGCUGUUUCACUCAGACUAGUGUGACUUCCAACCACCAUAAGUAAGGCCUUCUUGCCUUCUUUCAGCAUCAGGUGUUCUUUUCUGCAGUUAGGAAGGUGCAAGUGAAAGACGAGUGCCAUGAACCAGACCACGGAACUGCCAACAGAAGGGAACUCCCUGAUAAGAGCUGUCUACCAGAGUCGACUGCGCCUCACCAGGCUGUUGUUGGAAGGUGGAGUCUGCAUCAAUGAAAGCAACAACAGAGGUGAAACUCCUUUAAUGAUUGCCUGUAGGACAAAACAUGUGGACUCCCAGAGUGUCAGCAAGGCAAAGAUGGUUAAAUAUCUACUGGAAAACAAGGCGGAUCCAAACAUCCAGGACAAAUCUGGAAAGACAGCCUUGAUGCAUGCUUGUCUAGAAAAAGCGGGGCCUGAGGUGGUUUCUCUGCUACUGAAAAGUGGAGCUGACCCAAGCCUACAAGAUCACUCUCACUGCUCUGCGCUGGUGUAUGCAAUAAACUCUGAAGACAAAGAGACUCUGGAAGUUCUUCUCAAUGCCUGUAGAGCAAGAGGAAAGGAGGUAAUCAUAAUCACAACAGACAAGUCUCCAUCAGGAAGGCAGACAGCAAAACAGUACUUAAACGUAUCUCCUGCAGACCUUGAAGAAUGCCAAUCCCCAGCUGCCUGCACUUCCCCAUCUGAAAUAGAACUAAAAUUAUCAGCCCCGCUUUCAGGCUCAAAUGGAACUAAAAGGGCAUUCUUCAACUUUAAGGAUCUGGAUCAUCCCAGAAGCACAGACCAUUCUCGGCCAGUUUCACCAAGAAAUUCCAGUUCAUCAGACAUGGGAUCCAGGAUGGCACAUGUGCAGCAACUACAGUCUGAGCCUUGGGUAAAGAGCUCUCCUUCAUUGUUUCACCAGAGUAAGGUUUCCUCUUUAUACGGAGAGCUUCAGGAUGUAACUCCAGAAGAAGAGCUCUCUUCUAAAGCUAACGGCUUUGCCUUAUCAAAGAGGUUUGUUACCAGACACCAAAGUACUGACAUAAAAGACACUGCUAAUUUACUGAAAACUACUGAUCAAAAUGGAUCAAGGAAAUUACCGUAUGAUGACAUAAACUCUCAGACUCGUUAUGGUGAAGAGGAGCAUCUUCCCAGUGGGAUCCCUGGGCGUGAGGAUGAGGAUUCGAGUUUGGGGCAAAUCAACUUCAUUUCAAACCUAAGCAGUAUUAUCAAAAAAGGAAACUUAGAAGCAAGUCAUUAUAGCUCUGAUUCUCAGUUAACUACUACUGUACAUGCUGCUGCUGCAGAAGACAGUAAGUCAGUGAUAGGAAAGAAGAAAAUUGUCUCUACGUCUCAUUCUUUGUUUCCAAGUUCUAGAGAUUUACUGGAGAAAAUUUCUGCUGUUCCCAUGAGCAGAAGAAAAGAAACUUUUCUAGGAAGAUGGGGUUCGGGAGCCUUACUGUUGGAUAACAUUGCUCAGACAAGACCAGGUUUUCUUCCACCACUGAAUGUGAAUCCGCAGCCCCCAAUUCCAGCUAUUAACUUAUUUAAUAAGGUUUCUGGGAUGAUUUCUCAUGGGCAAAAAUACUUAGUACCAGAAGCACCUGCUUCCCUUAGUGAGACCAAAAAUACAAAAAUGCUACUGCGGAGGCAGUCAUUACAGACUGAGCAGAUUAGGCAAUUACUGAAUUUUUGACAGGAGAUUGAAGGGUUAUAAAAUGUUUACAUUAUGUACAGACUCGCUGCUCUACCUAACUGUAACAAUGAUACACUUCUGAAAAGAUGGCAGGUCUGUGAUGUAGGGCUCUCAGCCUCAGAAUGAAUUAAAUAGCUUAGGUACUACAUCAAAAGAUACACUUAUCUGUCUAAUUAAUUAAUUAAUUAAAUGAUGUUGCUUUCUACAGACUGAGGAAUAUUUAUUAUAUUCUCCUCAUAUUUCCAGCUUUAGCACUGAAGCCUUACCUGCAACAGGCUGAAUCUAUGAAGGAUCUUAGGUGGUGCAGUUCUCAUUUCUAGGUUGCAAGUUUUCCCCAAAGACUACACUGUUUCUCCACCCAGAAAAGUUGUACAAAAGGAAUUUGGGAACUUGGAACAUUUGACUGUGAUGCUGAACAUCAGAGUUUUGUGAUAUCCAGAGACUCCAGACAUGAGCCUGUGCUUGAAGGGUGGGCAGUGGUCCGUGCCCACAGGCAACAUCCUCUGGCUUCAGUGGCUUUACUGCACAUAAACAGACAAUACACAGACUAUAAAUGAAAACAGAUGUUACACGACUAUGUUGUAUGCGUAGUUCACUUGGGAAAUUCCAGAUGAAGACUGGGGAUCUGCUUGAUGCGCCCAGUGGGAAUCGGCAUGGUACACAGAGCCUGGAGAGCUGCAGAUGGGCAUUCAGCAUGUAACAGCAGUCCAGCAUUGAGCUACGAGGCCAGCAGAGUGCCUGACUGGUCCUGUUGCUUCUCAUGUAAAAUGACCAAACCCUGCUUGCAGCACCAGGUAGCCACAUCCAUCAACUUGUGCUUCUCAAGCUGUCUGCUGGGGUUUGCUGCGGUUUGCUGCUUAAAACAAAGCUGGGUGGGAGAGGUAGAGGCUCUACCAGCAUGGGGCUCCAUUACUUUCUGCAGCUUCAGGCUCUCAAACACCAAGAGGUCUCCAAAACACACGGGAUCUUGUUCUCCCCAUAGCUGUGUUUCCUCUCAAGACAAGGUACAGGUGGUGGGAGAUAUCACAUACCCUUCCUUGCCUGGGAGCAAGGAUGAGCUCUGUCCUGCUCUCAGACAUAGAAAAAAAAAAAAUAAUGAAAAAAAAAAAACCAAAAAAAAAAAUAAAAAAUAAUCCAACAAUGGGGAUAUUCACCUGGGAGCUGGAAGACCUCAUCUUGCCCUCAUCUUGCCCUCAUCUUGCCCUCAUCUUGCCCUCAUCUUGCCCUCAUCUUGCCCUCAUCUUGCCCUCAUCUUGCCCUCAUCNCUUGCCCUCAUCUUGCCCUCAUCUUGCCCUCAUCUUGCCCUCAUCUUGCCCUCAUCUUGCCCUCAUCUUGCCCUCAUCUUGCCCUCAUCUUGCCCAACUUGAAGCAAAAGCAUGAAUUUGUUACAGGUGAGAAACACGCUUUGUCUCUGAGGUAAUUCAUAUAUAUUUUUAACUAUUUCUAGAUGUGCUUUUUCUUCCUGUUUGGUAUCUUGUGGUUCUAAACAUCUGUCUUGCAUUUGUGCAUAUUCUGUAGAUGCUUGAUUUAUGGCAUCACAUUUAGCAUUUAAUAACUUGUCUUCUAAAGAUUGAGAAGUAUUUUAUGUGCUAUCUUUUGUCACUAUUUACAAAAAAAAAAAAAAAAAGAACUGUAUUGGUGUCUGUAUAAUCUGAAUUUCUGUAUACCAAAACGAGGUGUCCUUUCCUAAAAAUACAGUGGGUGUUAUCUGCCUUCUUUCGGCUUCUGUCAAAAUUCACUCUGCGCUGUUGCCUUACGAGUAACUGUGAUGUUGUUUAGUCUUGCCCUUACUGUAAGACAAUUUCAAGUAAAUGAUAAAUAUACAAUCAUCUCCCUAAAUACCUUUUGAUGUAAAAACAUUAAAAUGUUCUAAAGUCCCUAAUAUAUAUUUUUUUGAAGAAGGAAACUUCUGACAUAUGGAAAACAGCAUGGUUUACAUCCCUACUCAGCACCACUUACUUACAAAAUGUAUAUCUGAAAUUGCAAAUUUAAAUCUUAAAAGAGCUUUGUGACACCAAAUCUUUCCGUCUUCUAGAUUAUAGAGAAUCUGCUUGCUGUCCAAACUCCCAGAACUAACCAGAAUGAGCAAAGGAGCAAACCUGUCCCGCUAUAGUCCAAAUUAAUUCUUCUGCAAAAAAAAUAUAGGUCUUGAAAUUCCCAGUGCUCACAGCUCUGCUAACCUGGGAUGUGUAGCACCGUGGUCUGUGGUGAUCUGCACAGAGUUUGACUUGGAUGCAGCUGUCACACUUGUUCUGUUUCUUGUUCAAGUAUUUCUCAGUGGGUGCCUCAGGAAUAACCAGUUCCAGUCACAAACAUGUUGCUGGUGAUGGGACUAGGGUAUUUAUUUGAUUGCUUGUUCAUUUGUUAGAGAAGGACAAUUCAUCCCUUGAAAGUUGCUUACCCAUCUAUGGAUGAGUAAGAGUGGGUUAGAUUUAGUUCUGUGAGUUUGCACGGCUAAGCGUUCAGAACCAAGGCAGCUCCACAAGUGAUGUCACGUCACGCUGCUAGCCACUGGCGGACACACGAGGAAGCUCGUGGAGAACUUGGUUCCAUUCAGGUUCAGCCUGGGGAACAGUGCUGUAUUUCAGGAGACAUUAUUUGACCAGCCUCUGCACAUACGUGGUAGAAGCAAGAAGGAUUCCACGGGAAGCUGGUUGUAGCAGAGAAAUUACGUGGAAUAACACCAGGCAAUCUUAAAUUAUUAACCAUAAAUUUAAAAAUUGGUCCAUACUAAGACAAUGUGUAUGCAACGCAAUAUACUUAUCAAAUGUUUUUAUGCUAUAUAUGGAAAUUGAAUUCUAGUCUAUUCAUUUCAUAAUGAAUAUAAAUAUUGGAAGUUACAAAUUUGCCUUUAAGAAAUACAAAUACUUUUUUUUUUUUUUAGAAAAUACCAACUAAUGAUAAGGUUUUCUAGCUGAUACCUUUGCUGAAAGUUUAAAAUCUCAUUUCUGCUGUGUGAGUUUUGUAAUUAAUCAUGUAUUAACUUAUGUACUGCUCUGUGAAAUAGUAUGUUUUAAGAAGUGUUCAGAUGAUGGAGGAAAAUGCCCAGUGUCUUGAAGACAGACAUCUUUCCACCACGUUGCCAGUAUUUUGUGCCUAAUUUUGAUGCAGAAGUAAUGUGAAAAGUUAACGUGAAUGUUUAUUGUUGCAUCAGUGUUAAAAGUGACCUUACAAAGAUGAACAAUUCGGUUGUGUUCUCUUGUGUUUUUAUGUUGCAUAAAUAAAAGUGUUUUUUUCACCAUUCA